CUCCUUCCUGAAACGCUGCAAGAAGAGUACUCCCAAGAGGCUUGCUAGCAUCAUAAAGAUGAAAAGAGACUCUGGAUAUUCCACCAUGGCUGAGGAGCAGAAGCAGGAAAAGAAGCUCUGGGAUGCCCUGAAGAUCGCUGCCUGUGCCCUUGGUACAGGCCUGCUCAUAUUCACUGCCUUAGUGAACUCUGUUUCUUGGUACGUGCAGAGUAUCUGGGACACUUCAGGGCAUUUCUGGCAAACAGCAUGGCUGAAGUUCUACUACCGGUUUGAGGGAAAGGAGUGGACAAUCUUCCUCCUCGGAGCUGCAUUGGUUCCUAGCCUCGCUUUCUGGUGCUUCAAUGGAAUCCUCAUGGUGGCUGAUGUAACAGGGAAGCCAACGUUCAUUACUCGCUAUCGCAUUCAGCUGGGCAAGAACGAUCCUGUGGACACAAAGAAGUUGCGCCAAGCCAUCUACACAGCGCUGUGUAAUCAGUUCUUUAUCUCCUUGCCCAUGCUUGUCCCCAUGUUCUACGUCAUGAAAUGGUGGGGCAACACCUUCAGCAAGGAAUUACCCACCUUCCACUGGUUUCUUGUGGAGCUAAGCAUCUUCACCUUAAUAGAGGAAGUUCUCUUUUAUUAUACACACAGGCUUGUUCACCUCCCACUCCUGUAUAAGCACAUUCACAAGAAGCACCACGAAUGGACAGCCCCCAUCGGCGUGGUCUCCAUUUAUGCUCACCCGGUAGAACACAUACUCUCCAACACCCUGCCUGUCAUGACCGGCCCGAUGAUCAUGGGGUCUCAUAUUGUGUCAAUCUCAGCGUGGUUCUCCCUCGCUCUCAUAACAACAAGCAUUUCGCACUGCGGCUACCACCUGCCCUUCCUGCCGUCGCCGGAGUUCCACGACUUCCACCACCUCAAGUUCAACCAGUGCUACGGAGUCCUGGGAGUGCUGGAUUAUCUGCAUGGAACGGAUACAGCGUUCAAACAAACCAAAGCCUACGAGAGACACAGGGUCCUCCUCAGCCUGACACCACUCUCCGAGAGCAUCCCCGAGGCACCCAAGAGGGCAGAGUGAACCCAGCAGCCUGCCGUUCUUGCAGAGCGAGAGACAAUGAUUUAUGCCAAAUAGUAUUUUAAUUGGGAAACGAGUUAUUGUUCACCUGUAACAAAACCCAAAGCUG